UGCGUGCGUGCGUGCGUCGCUCCAGGCCGUAGAGGCGGUCUUGUUUUUUCUGACAGUUUAAUUCCGUCCCAUCGCCCGCCAUGGCCAGUGUUCAUGAGAGCAUGUUCUUUAACCCAAUGAUGGCCAACGGUGUGGUUCACGCCAACGUCUUUGGUAUCAAGGACUGGGUGACCCCGCACAAGAUCUCCAUCCUGCUUUUGCUGCACGAAAUGGCCACCUGCAAGAGUCAGGGGACGCCAGAGUUUGAAACCAGGCGGCUUCAUAUGAACAAGAUGAUCUUGCCCUUGCUGCAGGGUCCCGAUAUGCCUCUUCUUCAGUUGCUUAAAACUAUUCGAGAAUGCUGCCCUAAGCUUGCAAAUGAUGUUACUACAAGAGUCGUACUGAUGGCUGAAGGAGAGUUGAAAGAUAUGGAAAAUUUCUUCUAUUCUCUGCAGGAUGUUUUCAGUGGGACCGAACCAGCGGUUCACAAAACAAGUGUGAUAGGUCUGUUCUUACGCCACAUGAUCUUGGCUUAUAAUAAACUGUCCUUCAGCCAGGUCUACAAACUUUACACCGCUCUGCAACAGUAUUACCAGAGUUACGAAAAUUUGACUUCAAGAGCCACCGAAAGAGAGGAGACAGAUAUGGAAUUGACAACUUUAGAUCUGGAAGGGAAGAUGGAAAAAGAGGAGUUGGAGUUUCGACUACGGGAUGAUGAAGUCAUUGACAGAGGGCCUCUAUCCCAGAAACAGGCAGAAUAUUUUCUCGCUGAACAGGCCUCUCUGUUGAAAAAUAAUGAAAACAAAGCACUCUCACCGGCCACUCUACAGAAGGAACUCAACAACUUGCUGAAAUUCAAUCCAGAUUUCGCAGAAGCUCAUUACCUGAGCUACCUGAACAGUCUGCGUGUACAGGACUAUUUCAGUGCCAUGCACAGCCUCCUACACUACUUCGAUAGAUUAAUCCUUACCGGCAGCGACAGCAAAAGCAGUGGAGAGGAUGGAUUUGGACGAAGUCUGCGAUAUGCAGCACUCAAUCUUGCUGCUCUGAACUGUAGAUUUGGCCACCAUGAGCAGGCCCAGUUUGCCUUACAGGAAGCUAUACGUAUUGCACAGGAAUCCAGUGACCAUGUGUGUUUACAGCACUGCUUGAGUUGGCUGUACAUACUCGACCAGAUGAAAGGAUCGGAUAACACAAUUCUUGUUGAACACUCAGUGAAAAAAGCAGGACAACUUGGCUUACCUUACUUAGCUUCCCUGGGCAUCCAAUCCCUGGUCCAACAAAGGGCCUUUUCUGGCAGGUCAGCAAACAAGCUAAUGGAUGCCAUGAAGGACUCUGACAUGUUGCAUUGGAAACACGGCCUUUCAGAACUUAUUGACGUUAGCAUAGCACAGAAAACUGCAAUUUGGAAAAUGUACGGUCAAAGCACCAUGGCCCUACAGCAAGCACAGCUGCUCCUGUACAUGCACAGCCUGGAGUCUGUGAGCAUGGACAUUCAUCAGAACAAUACUGAGGCAAUGGCUGUGGUGCUCUGUCACUUGGCUGAACUUCAUGCAGAACAGGGCUAUUAUGCUGCCGCUUCUGAAAUCCUGAAACACUUGAAAGAUCGUUUUCCGACACACAGCCAGUAUGCAAAGCUUUGGAUGCUGUUUGACCAAAAGAUACAAUUUAACCGAGCAAUGAGCGAUGGAAAAUAUCACAUCGCUGAAUCCCUCGUCCCUGGCAUCGCCGCACUUAAUGGGGCAGAGGGUCUGUACAGAAAAGCGAUUGUGCUGAAAGCACAGAACCAGAUAACGGAAGCCUACAAACUCCUGCAGAAGCUGCUGGUCCAUUGUCAGAAAAAGAAAUCUACAGAAUUGUUGAUCAAAGUGCUGAUUGUUGAGGCAGAGUUGUUCUGGCGUUCCUCAUGUCACACAAUUGCAGUUCCUCUACUCCUCAAAGCCUUGGCUCUGAGUCGUGAAUAUCACUUGGAGUAUCUGGCUUCUGAAGCCAUCUUACAUUUGGCAUUUUCUCAGCUGAUGCUUGGAGUUCCGGAACAGGCUUUGAGUGUGCUGCACAUGGCCAUAGAACCUAUCCUGGCUCAUGGCAAUGUCUUGGACAGAGGCCGUGCUAUGCUGCUGUUGGCCAAGUGUCAAGUUGCGUCUGCGGCCUCCUACUCCCCUCAACAAAAAACAGAGGCUUUGGAAUCCGCCAUUCAAAACCUAAACGAAGCCAAGAUCUAUUUUGAGAAGGCCGACUGCAAAGAGCGAAUACGGGAAGUCCUUUACAUGCAGGCCAGACUGUUCAACAGCCUCAACAAGACGCAAGAGAGGAACAAGUGCGCUAUGAUGUUUCGGCAACUGCACCAGGAGCUGCCGACCUACGGAGUGCCCCUUCUGUCCUAGCGUCAGUGCAUUGAAUACAACAACCUGUACAAUGUGGAAUUUUCAUCCAGUAAAAUCAGUUGAUCAUCGGCAACCUUGCUGAUUGAGCAUCACUGACUCCUGGAAACAGCGAACACAACAGAUUGAUGUUUAAGUCAAUCGUCGGACUUUGGUUUUAUUUACACUGAGGUUAAGAGUCUAAAUAAAUAUAUACAAAGAACACA